CUGGUGCAGCGACUAACUACCUAGGGGAUGAUUGCUUUGUAGACUAUUCCUAUAAAGAAACCUCUUUAAAAUUUUAUGCUGAUAUUUUGCAAGGUCUUUCUCAAUUCUCUGCUAUGGAUCUCAUGAACAUUAACACUGUUGCUUCAAAAACUACCACCAUGCUCCUCUCCAAUGCUCCUGGCAUCCUAUGCGAUUCAAGGGAUGUUUCUAAGAUGUGUUCAACUCCAAAUUCAUCAAGACUAAUGCAUAAGCAAUAUAUGGACUUAUCAUGGAUCAGGAGAGAUGGAUCAUUGAAGCGGCUAAUUUGCAGAACUCCAAAUUCUAUCAGAAGUGUGGAGAGGAGUGGAAGAUUCAAAGUGAGAGCUUUUACAGAAGAACAAGAGGCUUUGGUGGUUAAGUCUUGGAAUUCUAUGAAGAAAGAUGCUGGAGAACUUGGUGUUAAGUUCUUUUUGAGGAUCUUUGAGAUUGCACCAUCAGCAAAGAAGCUGUUCUCCUUUCUGAGAGAUUCAGAUGUUCCUGUAGAGCAAAAUCCAAAGCUAAAACCCCAUGCCAUGACUGUCUUUGUUAUGACCUGUGAAUCUGCUGUGCAACUUAGAAAGGCUGGCAAAGUUACUGUGAAAGAGUCCACUCUAAAAGAUUUAGGUGCCACUCAUUUAAAAUAUGGUGUUGUCGAUGAACACUUCGAGGUAACAAAAUUUGCCUUGUUGGAGACCAUAAAAGAAGCAGUACCAGAUAUGUGGUCACCAGAGAUGAAGAAUGCAUGGGGAGAAGCUUAUGAUCAAUUGGUAUCCGCCAUAAAAAAUGAAAUGAAACCUUCUGUAUAAGUUUCAUACGUAUCAGUGAUAGCUUUUAAUGAAAAUUAAGCUUGAAAUAUUCAA